GUUUAUAUAGUCAAAGCAUGGACUACUGAUCUUUGCUGAUUCUCUUGACUUCCACCCACCGUUGAAGUUAAAGCUGAUGUUUUGGUAAAAUUUGGCAACUGACUUUGUCAUACUAUUUGAGUUCAGACCUGCCCAGAAGUCCAUUAAAUGCAGUGUGAAGAUGUUUCUGCAGAUUUUAUUGCAAACGAGUAAAAUAGCAUCUGUCUGAUCAUUGUGCUGUUCCACAAGUUCUCAGGUACUCUGCAAUAUUUCUCAGUUUUUCCUUCAUUAAUUUCAUUUUUGGUUAUCAGUUCCAAAUUUUGGUUUUCACCAGUUCCAAUUACAUCACUUUUGAGUGUUGAAAAAUAAGAAUUCUGAGCAAAUCCUGCUAGAUUGGUUAUUUUUAUGGAUAACCCUUUUGUUGAAAGAUUAUAUGCCCCCAUGGAAGGAUUUGAAUUCGGCGACGGCUCAAAUUUAGUGUAUUCUGAUGAGAAUCUUGCAGAUGGGUUCAGAGAGAAUCAUGAAUCCACCAACCCAAAUUACUUUCCAUCUAACUUAGAUCAUCCUAGUGAUUUAAGCACUUCUUUGAUCCCGGGUUCGGAUGCUGUUACUAUCGACACUAAUGACUGCAAUCAACCUGUGCUCAAGUACAUAAGUGAUAUUCUUCUGGAGGAAGAUUUGGAGGGUAAGCCCUGCAUGUUGCAGGAAUCUUUGGCCCUCCAAGUUGCUGAAAAAUAUUUUUAUGAUGCCCUUAAUCCGGAGGACCCUCCUUUACUCAACCAACCCUCUUUUUCUGUGUGCCAAAGCUUUGAGAACUUGGAUGUCGGUUGUCAUAGCAGUGAUGGAUCUAUUGCCAGUUUUCCUAGCAGUAAUGGCUCUAUUUCUGCUAAUAGAGGCUGGGUCUGGGAUUUGUCACAACCCUCGCAUGGAAUCAAGUUCCUUCCAAAUGAAAGUUGUGAAACCAUUGACCUUGAGAGGGACCAGUUAGUGCCUCCAUGUUCCGAUCAGUGGCCUCCAGGUCCUUACACGCUGAUCGGGAAUUUGGCAUCGGAGAAUGAUGGCUACAACUCAAUAAAUGGACCAAAGGGAAAGAAGAAUCAUCGAAGGGAGGAUGGCUAUGACGCAGAAGAAGGAAGAAGAAACAAGCAGUCAGCUACUGCUUCUGACAAUUCUGAUCUGCAAGAAAUAUAUGAUACGGUACUACAGAGUGUGAACCAUGAACCUGACUCGUGUUUACAUGAUGAAUCUUCAAAAACUAAGGGAAAUAGGAUGUUGCAGCAUAAGGAGCAGUCAAAAGGAUCUAAAUCAUCACGUGCAAAGAAACAAAACAGCAACCGGAAAGUAGUAGACUUGUGCAAACUGCUAACUGAAUGCGCAGAAGCUGUGGCAAGCUAUGACCAACAAGCUGCAAGUGAACUACUCAAGCAGAUAAGGCAGCACUCUUCGCCCUAUGGUGAUUCAACCCAGCGACUAGCUCAUUACUUUGCUGAUGGCUUAGAGGCACGGUUGGCUGGUGCCAGAACCCCGUCAUAUUGCCCUCUUAUGAUGCACUCACCAGCUACUGAAAUCUUAAAGGCUUACCAGGUGUAUGUUACUGCAUGCCCUUUCAAGAAGAUGGUGCACUUCUUUGCAAACAGAACAAUUAUGAAAACAGCAGAGAAGGCGACAAGGCUUCACAUUAUUGAUUUUGGUAUUUCUUAUGGUUUGCAAUGGCCCUGCCUUAUCCAGAGUCUCUCAGAGAAAACUGGCGGGCCUCCGAAUCUCCGUAUCACAUUAAUUGAGCUUCCCCAACCAGGUUUUCGACCUGCAGAAAGAAUUGAAGAGACGGCGCGUCGCUUGACUAAAUACUGUGAGAGGUAUAAUGUCCCAUUUGAGUACAACGUCCUUGCUAAGAAAUGGGAAACAAUCAGACUGGAGGAUUUUCGUAUGGACAGAAAUGAGGUGACUGUGGUUAACUGUAUGCACCGGUUGAAGCACAUGCCUGAUGAAACAGUGAUGGCGAACAAUCCAAGAGAUGCUGUCUUAAAUUUGAUCAAGAGUCUCAAUCCAGACCUUUUCGUGCAUGGAGUUGUCAAUGGAACAUACAAUGCACCCGCCUUUGUCCCACGGUUCAAACAGGCACUGUUCCACUUCUAUACGUUCUUUGAUAUGUAUGAGGCCACUGUUCCGCACGAAGAUGAACAAAGAAUGCUCUUCGAAAGAGCAAUAUUUGGGAGGGACAUAAUGAAUGUCAUAGCGUGUGAGGGACUGGAGAGAGUUGAAAGGCCUGAGACAUACAAGCAGUGGCAGGCUAGGUAUGCGAGGAUUGGGUUCAAGCAGCUCCCGUUAGACCGGGAGCUCUUGAAGAAAGUGAAGACCAUGUCGAAGGUGAUGGGGUAUCAUCAUGAUUUCCGAAUUGAAGAUGAUGGCCAGUGGAUGCUGCAGGGAUGGAAAGGAAGAAUCGUCAUAGCUCUUACUGCUUUGAAGCCUGCAUAGGAGUUUCACUCUAUGAUGCCUAAAAUCUAUUUUCUUGUAUCUUCAAUAUUUCCUGUAACCCUUUUUCAGUCUUGUUUUCGUUCCUAACUAUACUGCCUCAUUUGGUAUCUGAGAUUGUACUAGACUGGAUAACUCACUAGAUUCAAUGUACACGUUGGAUGAAGAAACGGAUGUGAACUUCCAAAUCUUGGCCAAGUUGAUGGAGAUGCUUUACGUUUACCUGCUACCUAGUAAGUACGGAGGCUGCUAUUGUUGUUUACUUUUUUGGUAUUAAAUAUAUUCGAACUUUGGUUCUCUGGUUUA